AUGGAUGAAGAUUUUUGUGAUAUGCUGAAGUCCACUGUUUGUCUGGAUUCUGUGGUGGAGGGGGCUCUUUGCGAUUUGCCAAAUCCAUUCCAAGCCUCGAGAAAUACCAGCUGCUCCGGAGAGUUGAAGCAUCCGGAGGGUGGAGUAUGUAAACAUGGUAUCCUUGUUUUGCAUCUUACUGUAAUUAGGGCAACUGAUUUAGGGCCGAUGGAUCUCGUGGAUCUUACAGGGGAUGGAGGAGUGAUGAAGAGAAUUGUCAAGCGCGCAAGGCCGGACGCAUUGGCUCCGUCGGAUAGUCUUGCAGUUGUGGAUGUUCACUACGAAGGAACACUGGCCGCUACUGGAGCGGUGUUUGAUUCCAGCCGAGAAGACAAUGCGGUGUUUACCUUUGAGCUGGGGCGAGGCAGCGUGAUCCGGGCGUGGGAAUGCGCAAUUAAAACUAUGCAGGUUGGCGAGAUUGCGGAGAUCAUUUGCAAGCCCGAGUAUGCUUAUGGCUCGGAAGGAUCGCCUCCAGAAAUUCCACCAAACGCGACUUUGGUGUUUGAGGUGGAGCUCAUGGAUUGUAAGCCACGAAAGGGAUCGACCGUGAAUAGCGUGGUGGCCGAGAAAGCCAAGCUCGACGAGCUGCGAAGAGAAAGAGAAGCCGCCGCAGCGAUCCGCGAGGAAGAGAAGAAGAAACGCGAGGACGCCAAGGCCGCCGCCGCCGCGCGCCUCCAGGAAAAACUAAAUGCCAAGAAAGGGGGCAAAGGAAAAUCCUCCAAAUCCAAGGCCUCGCAGUAAAAAUGCCCGCCAGGAAUGACACGCGGCAAGUUCUUGAUGCU